CAGUCGGAGAAGAAGGCCGCGCGGGCGAGGCCGAUGUCGGGGAAGGCGGUGCUCGUGCUCUGCGCCGCCAGCUUCUUCGUGGGGCUGCUCCUCAGCGGACGCAUGACGAUCCUGACGUCGCCGCCGUCGGGGGGCCGCGGCGCCUCGACUUCCUCCGGCCACGGCUCCAGGAUCGCUCUUUUCCCCGACGACGAUUGCGAGCACAGGCGUAAGCUAGAAGAAGGGAGCAACCCGAACGAUGUCAUGAAAGAGGUGUCGAGAACGCACCAAGCUAUCCGGUCGCUGGACAAGUCGGUGUCGUCGCUGGAGAUGGAGCUGGCGGUGGAGCGCGCCAAGAGGAACGGCGGCCUGGGCGCGUCGGUGCCGUCCAAGGGCCUCCCCAAGGCGUUCGUGGUCGUCGGCAUCAACACGGCCUUCAGCAGCAAGAAGCGGCGCGACUCGCUCCGCGACACCUGGGUGCCCCGAGGCGAGAAGCUCCGGCGGCUGGAGAAGGAGAAGGGGAUCGUGGUGCGGUUCGUGAUCGGGCACAGCGCGACGCCCGGCGGCGCGCUGGACCGGGCCAUCGACGUGGAGGAGGCGGAGACGCGGGACUUCAUGCGGCUGGACCACGUGGAGGGGUACCACGAGCUGUCGUCCAAGACCAGGAUCUACUUCGCCGCCGCCGUCGCCACCUGGGACGCCGCCUUCUACGUCAAGGUCGACGACGACGUCCACGUCAACCUCGGCAUGCUCACCAACAGGCUCGCCCGGUACAGGACGACGCCGAGGGUCUACGUCGGGUGCAUGAAGUCCGGCCCCGUGCUGUCGCAGAAGGGCGUGAAGUACCACGAGCCGGAGUCGUGGAAGUUCGGGGACGAGGGGAACAAGUACUUCCGCCACGCCACGGGGCAGAUCUACGCCAUCUCCAGGGACCUCGCAUCCUACAUCUCCAUUAACCAGCCGAUACUGCACCGGUUCGCGAACGAGGACGUGUCGCUGGGCGCGUGGCUCAUCGGGCUCGAGGUGGAGCACGUCGACGACCGGAGCCUCUGCUGCGCCACGCCACCAGACUGCGAGUGGAAGAAGCAGGCCGGGAACGUGUGCGCGGCGUCCUUCGACUGGUCCUGCAGCGGCAUCUGCAAGUCCGUCGACAGGAUGAGGGCCAUCCACAGCGCCUGCGGCGAGGGCGACGGAGCCGUCUGGAACUUCGCCGCCGCCGCCUGA